UCAUCACACUAUUUGCCAUAAAAGUUGUUACACUUUAUCCAAUUGAAUCAAAUUUGGAUUCAAACAACAAAAGCCUCUAACCAAUAUCACCUUUACUCUCUAAAAUUAAUCCAACAAUUAAUUCACUAACUUGCAAUCACAAUUAACCCUUAAUCCAAAUUGUAUCGCUAUUGUUAAUUUUUUUUCUCCAAAUUAUCUGUUGUUUUUUUCGUCACCUUUAAAUUAAAUGUAUUUACUGUUGAACUCACAAUUCAAAUCAAACCUCAAUCAGUUAAUAGCAAUUUAGAGUUACAACCUGAUAGGUAUUACAAUUUGUCUUAUUACUAGUGAUUUUAAUUUAAUUGUUACUGACCAAUUAAGUUAAUUGAAAUGUCAUCUGAACAAAAAGAUCUGAAAAUCCCGGAAAAAAUUGCAACCAUGUUAAUCCAAGGCUAUUGUUUGGUGACUGAAUCAUGUUCAAAGUGUAAGGGUUUAUUGAUUCGCUCCAAAAGUGAUGAGUUAAUUUGUGUUAAAUGUUUCUGUGAACAAGCUAAUAGGAAAUCCCUUAAACAUGGACACUCAGAUGAAGAUGAAAAUGAAAAUGAUGGUGAUGAGAAAAAAUCAGAAACUAAAUCAGUUAAUAAAAGUAAAUCAAUUAAAUUGGAGAUCAAGGAAAACUCUGGACAAUCAAAUCAAUCGACAAUCACUCGUGCACAAUUAGAGGACUUUUAUCGUGACUUUUAUCGUGAUCUGCAACAAUUAAAAUCUAAUCAGAAUUCACUAGACAUUGUCAAGUAUUUUGAUUCAUCUAAUGAGAAACGAAAGUAAUUGUGACAAUCAACUAAUUAUACAAACAAAUGACAAUCAAUAGCAUGUUAACCAAUCGUGACUAUUUUUCUAAAUAUUUUCUAAUCACAAUUAAACCUUCCAACUCAAUGGAAACAAUUUAAGUGAAAUCAGAUUAUUUUGCUUUCAAUUUUACUUUUAACAAUUAGUAUAUUGAUUGUAGUUUAUUGACUUGAAUUUCUUAACAAUCAAAAUACACAAUUAACAAUUAAACUUCUUAAUCCUUUUACUAUCUUUUCA